AUGUAUACCCAAUACAAGCUAUUGGAUUUGGUGGAGGGGAAGGAGAAGAUGCCGGAUGCCGCGGAGCUGAAUGGAGCGUGGAUGAAGCGAUCGUUCAACGCGUACAUGCUCAUGUCAUGGUCUGCCCUAGCGAUCAACCUCAACUCCCAACAACCCCAAUGGAGCGUGGAUUACAUUCGCGCGCGCAUCCUAGAGGAGGACCUGCGGCGGCGGAGUGUGGAGCGCUCGGAGGAGGGGGCUGGCUAUGGAGUUGGAGGUGGAAAGAGUGGCUUCAAGAAGAAGUGGCAGGGCAAGAACAAGGAUAACCCUAAGGAGGAUGGUGGCGGGGUUCAAGGGGAGGUGUGCUUCUACUGCAAGAAGCGCGGACAUCGUUGGCGGAAGUGCUACCAACGACCCAAGGAUUGGACCCCGCCUUCAUCAAGCAACCAGCGUGGUGGCACGAAGAGUGGGGGAGUCAUGGGAGCUAGUGGAGAGGAGAAGGAUGAGGAGAAAGGCGGCAAAUCUGAGGAGCGGAAGGCCGGGUUCUUCUUCUUCGUGAACGAAGGCGCAACCGACCACGCUAUGGCUGCCAAGAUCCCGGUCCUCCCUUGGCGGAAAUCGGGCAAGGCGGCUACAGCGGCAUCUAUGGAGGAGAGCGUUACCGAGGAGGAGCACCAAGAGCUGACCAGUGACCACAGUGGCGGUGGUGAGCAGCAAGUUUCUGGUCCUGCUGGAGAGGAGGGGUUGGAGGAUGAGUCGGCACGUGUGGACUCACCAUCUCAGCCCGAGCCAGCUGCAAACGCCAAGGUCACCAAGAGGAGUGUGCAGAGAGGAGCUUCACCACAUGGGCAGCAGAAUGUAACCCGUGAGAAGAGAGUGGCAGCAGCACCCUCAAGGCUGAAUUUGUCGUUUUGUCGUCUCCUCUUUGUCGUUUCCUCGCCCCCUCCAUUCCGUUGA